AAGGCGGAGAUGCGGCACACUUGCCGCGGCACCAUCAACUUGGCCACGGCCAACAUCACCGUGGAGGAUUCCUGCAACUUCAUCAUCUCCAACGGCGGGGCCCAGACCUACCACCUGAAGGCCAGCUCGGAGGUGGAACGGCAGCGCUGGGUCACCGCCCUGGAGCUGGCCAAGGCCAAAGCUGUCAAGAUGCUGGAGGAAUCAGAUGACUCCGGCGACGAGUCGGUGUCACAGACCGACAAGACGGAACUUCAGACCACGUUGCGCACCCUCUCCAGCAAAGUGGAGGAUCUGAGCACCUGCAACGACCUGAUCGCCAAGCACGGCACGGCCCUGCAGCGCUCCCUCAGCGAGCUGGAGAACCUCCGGCUGCCGGCUGAGAGCACCGAGAAGAUCAAGCAGGUGAACGAGCGAGCCACCCUCUUCCGCAUCACCUCCAACGCCAUGAUCAACGCCUGUCGGGAUUUUCUGAUGCUGGCCCAGACCCACAGCAAGAAGUGGCAGAAAUCGUUGCAGCACGAACGGGAUCAGCGCAUCCGACUGGAGGAGACGCUGGAGCAGUUGGCCAAGCAGCACAACCACCUGGAGAGGGCCUUUCGUGGUGCCACCGUCCUGCCCGCCAGCGCGCCCGGCACCGGCGGCUCUGCCAAAGAUCCGUGCUGCCCUGCGAAAGGAGAUUUGAGCGACGAGGACGAUGACAAUGAGUUCUUCGACGCCCCGGAAAUCAUCCCCAUGCCGGAGACCAUGGGCCACAAGCGCACGGGCAGCAACAUCAGCGGCACCAGCAGCGACAUCAGCCCGGACGGGCAGUACAAGCACCAGGUAGAGGACACCAAGAAGGAGAAGAGAACCCGCAUCCCCUACAAACCCAACUACAGCCUCAACCUCUGGAGCAUCAUGAAGAACUGCAUCGGGAAGGAGUUGUCCAAGAUCCCCAUGCCGGUGAACUUCAACGAGCCCCUGUCCAUGCUGCAGCGUCUGACCGAGGACCUGGAGUACCACGAACUGCUCGACCGGGCGGCCAAAUGCGAGAGUUCGCUGGAGCAGUUGUGCUACGUGGCCGCCUUCACCGUUUCCUCCUACUCCACCACCGUCUUCCGCACCAGCAAACCCUUCAACCCCCUCCUGGGGGAGACCUUUGAGCUGGAUCGCCUGGAGGAGAACGGCUACCCUGCGAGCAGGUACCGCCAAGCAAGCCACCACCCCCCAGCCGCUGCCCACCACGCCGACUCCAAGCACGGCUGGACGCUUCACCAGGAAAUCAAAAUCACCAGCAAGUUUCGGGGCAAAUACCUCUCCAUCAUGCCUCUGGGUACCAUCCACUGCGUCUUCCAUUCUUCCGGCAACCACUACACGUGGAAAAAAGUCACCACCACCGUGCACAACAUCAUCGUGGGCAAGCUCUGGAUAGACCAGUCGGGUGAAAUCGAGAUCGUCAACCACAAGACAGGCGACAAGUGCAACCUCAAGUUCGUUCCUUACAGCUACUUCUCACGGGACGUGGCGAGGAAGGUCACUGGAGAGGUGACAGACCCCACGGGGAAGGUGCAUUUUGUCCUGCUGGGAACCUGGGAUGAGAAGAUGGACUGUUACAAGGUGACGCAGGGUGCUGGGGACAACGGAGCGGAGGGACGGCAGAAAGCCCACGAGGCCGAGGACAGCCGGGUGCUGCUGUGGAAGAGGAACCCUCUCCCGAAGUACGCGGAGAACAUGUACUACUUUUCGGAGUUGGCGUUGACGCUCAACGCCCCGGAGAGCGGCACGGCACCCACGGACAGCCGCCGGCGCCCCGACCAACGCCUGAUGGAGAACGGCCGCUGGGACGAGGCCAACGCUGAAAAGCAACGG